AGGGUGGCCCAUAACAUGUCUAUUCUAUUCAAUACCCUCCAUGAUUUGAUUUGCAUCUUCUUCCACUCACUCCCACACUCUUCUCCCUAUUGAUUUCACCACCAAAUUUCAAUUCUCCCAACAAAAUUUUCCUUAUUUAGCAAAAUAAUCUUCAUCUUUUCAUCCAUUUCACUUCAUCAUCCACCAACAAACCAUGUCUUUCGAAGGAGCAACCAAAGAUUUCUCUGAAGGAUCUUCAUCAACCUCUUCCCCUCAGCCUGGUGGAUCAAUACCAAGCCGAUACGAGUCCCAAAAACGAAGAGAUUGGAACACAUUCUGCCAAUACUUGAAGAAUCAAAGGCCCCCAGUUCCUCUUUCCCAUUGUAGUUGUAACCAUGUUUUGGAGUUUUUAAGGUAUCUCGAUCAGUUCGGCAAGACAAAAGUUCAUGUUCAAGGUUGCAUGUUUUACGGCCAGCCCGAGCCACCUGCCCCUUGUACUUGUCCUUUAAGACAAGCUUGGGGCAGUUUGGAUGCCCUUAUUGGGCGCUUGAGAGCUGCUUAUGAAGAAAGUGGUGGCUCCCCGGAGACUAACCCCUUUGCUAGCGGUGCAAUUAGGGUUUAUCUUAGGGAUGUGAGAGAGUGUCAAGCUAAAGCAAGAGGAAUUCCUUACAAGAAGAAGAAGAAGAAGACUACCACCACUAAUCAAUCCAAAGGAGCUGAAGAUUCAACCUCUAUGAUGCACUUUGUCCCUUGAUCAUUAUGGAAGUAGAGGAAGGGACACGAGAUUGAGAGAAGAAAUGAAUAAUUCUUGUUCGGAGAAGUUUAUAUAUAUAUAUAUAUGAUAUAUAUAUUGUGAAGAGGAUUGAAUCUGUAUCAAAUUUCAUUAAAGCCAUUAGUACUUUAUGAUAUCAGAGAGUUUUCAUUUCCUUUUGCCUUUUGAAUUUUCAGCUUUUAAAAUUGCCUUUGGUAUCACAAAACUGAUCUAAAUGUACGUAAUUUGCUGAGCUUUGUAAUAUGUGUGCUGUGCUGUGCUGCAUCCCUCUUUUGUA